AUGCCGCCUCAGGUAGCAGCAGGUAGCAGUUUCUUCGUCCACGCCUCGCGACUGCAGUCAAGUUGUCCCGAUGACACGUCUCAGCUGACCAUGCCGCCUCAGGUAGCAGCUGGUAGCAGUUUCUUCGUCCACGCCUCGCGACUGCAGUCAAGUAGUCCCGAUGACACAUCUCAGAUGACUAUGCAGCCUCAGGUAGCAGCUGGUAGCAGUUGCUUCGUCCACGCCUCGCGACUGCAGUCAAGUAGUCCCGAUGACACGUCUCAGCUGAACAUGCCGCCUCAGGUAGCAGCUGGUAGCAGUUUCUUCGUCCACGCCUCGCGACUGCAGUCAAGUAGACCCGAUGACACGUCUCAGCCGACCAUGCCGCCUCAGGUAGCAGCUGGUAGCAGUUGCUUCGUCCACGCCUCGCGACUGCAGUCAAGUAGUCCCGAUGACACGUCUCAGCUGACCAUGCCGCCUCAGGUAGCAGCUGGUAGCAGUUUCUUCGUCCACGCCUCGCGACUGCAGUCAAGUAGUCCCGAUGACACGUCUCAGCUGACCAUGCCGCCUCAGGUAGCAGCUGGUAGCAGUUUCUUCGUCCACGCCUCGCGACUGCAGUCAAGUAGUCCCGAUGACACGUCUCAGCUGACCAUGCCGCCUCAGGUAGCAGCUGGUAGCAGUUUCUUCGUCCACGCCUCGCGACUGCAGUCAAGUAGUCCCGAUGACACAUCUCAGCUGACUAUGCAGCCUCAGGUAGCAGCUGGUAGCAGUUGCUUCGUCCACGCCUCGCGACUGCAGUCAAGUAGUCCCUAUGACACGUCUCAGCUGAACAUGCCGCCUCAGGUAGCAGCUGGUAGCAGUUUCUUCGUCCACGCCUCGCGACUGCAGUCAAGUUGUCCCGAUGACACGUCUCAGCUGACUAUGCAGCCUCAGGUAGCAGGUGGUAGCAGUUGCUUCGUCCACGCCUCGCGACUGCAGUCAAGUAGUCCCGAUGACACAUCUCAGCUGACCAUGCCGCCUCAGGUAGCAGCUGGUAGCAGUUUCUUCGUCCACGCCUCGCGACUGCAGUCAAGUAGUCCCGAUGACACGUCUCAGCUGACCAUGCAGCCUCAGGUAGCAGCUGGUAGCAGUUUCUUCGUCCACGCCUUGCGAAUGCAGUCAAGUAGUCCCGAUGACACGUCUUUGCUGACCAUGCCGCCUCAGGUAGCAGCUGGUAGCAGUUUCUUCGUCCACGCCUCGCGACUGCAGUCAAGUAGUCCCGAUGACACGUCUCAGCUGACCAUGCCACCUCAGGUAGCAGCUGGUAGCAGUUUCUUCGUCCACGCCUCGCGACUGCAGUCAAGUAGUCCCGAUGACACGUCUCAGCUGACCAUGCCGCCUCAGGUAGCAGCUGGUAGCAGUUUCUUCGUCCACGCCUCGCGACUGCAGUCAAGUAGUCCCGAUGACACGUCUCAGCCGACCAUGCCGCCUCAGGUAGCAGCUGGUAGAAGUUUCUUCGUCCACGCCUCACGACUGCAGUCAAGUAGUCCCGAUGACACGUCUCAGCUGACCAUGCCGCCUCAGGUAGCAGCUGGUAGCAGUUUCUUCGUCCACGCCUCGCGACUGCAGUCAAGUAGUCCCGAUGACACUUCUCAGCUGACCAUGCCACCUCAGGUAGCAGCUGGUAGCAGUUUCUUCGUCCACGCCUCGCGACUGCAGUCAAGUAGUCCCGAUGACACGUCUCAGCUGACCAUGCCGCCUCAGGUAGCAGCUGGUAGCAGUUUCUUCGUCCACGCCUCGCGACUGCAGUCAAGUUGUCCCGAUGACACGUCUCAGCUGACUAUGCAGCCUCAGGUAGCAGGUGGUAGCAGUUGCUUCGUCCACGCCUCGCGACUGCAGUCAAGUAGUCCCGAUGACACGUCUCAGCUGACCAUGCCGCCUCAGGUAGCAGCUGGUAGCAGUUUCUUCGUCCACGCCUCGCGACUGCAGUCAAGUAGUCCCGAUGACACGUCUCAGCUGACCAUGCAGCCUCAGGUAGCAGCUGGUAGCAGUUUCUUCGUCCACGCCUUGCGAAUGCAGUCAAGUAGUCCCGAUGACACGUCUUUGCUGACCAUGCCGCCUCAGGUAGCAGCUGGUAGCAGUUUCUUCGUCCACGCCUCGCGACUGCAGUCAAGUAGUCCCGAUGACACGUCUCAGCUGACCAUGCCACCUCAGGUAGCAGCUGGUAGCAGUUUCUUCGUCCACGCCUCGCGACUGCAGUCAAGUAGUCCCGAUGACACGUCUCAGCUGACCAUGCCGCCUCAGGUAGCAGCUGGUAGCAGUUUCUUCGUCCACGCCUCGCGACUGCAGUCAAGUAGUCCCGAUGACACGUCUCAGCCGACCAUGCCGCCUCAGGUAGCAGCUGGUAGAAGUUUCUUCGUCCACGCCUCACGACUGCAGUCAAGUAGUCCCGAUGACACGUCUCAGCUGACCAUGCCGCCUCAGGUAGCAGCUGGUAGCAGUUGCUUCGUCCACGCCUCGCGACUGCAGUCAAGUAGUCCCGAUGACACUUCUCAGCUGACCAUGCCACCUCAGGUAGCAGCUGGUAGCAGUUUCUUCGUCCACGCCUCGCGACUGCAGUCAAGUAGUCCCGAUGACACGUCUCAGCUGACCAUGCCGCCUCAGGUAGCAGCUGGUAGCAGUUGCUUCGUCCACGCCUCGCGAUUGCAGUCAAGUAGUCCCGAUGACACGUCUCAGCUGACCAUGCCGCCUCAGGUAGCAGCUGGUAGCAGUUUCUUCGUUAACGCCUCGCGACUGCAGUCAAGUAGUCCCGAUGACACGUCUAAGCUGACCAUGCCGCCUCAGGUAGCAGCUGGUAGCAGUUUCUUCGUCCACGCCACGCGACUGCAGUCAAGUAGUCCCGAUGACACGUCUCAGCUGACCAUGCCGCCUCAGGUAGCAGCUGGUAGCAGUUUCUUCGUCCACGCCUCGCGACUGCAGUCAAGUAGUCCCAAUGACACGUCUCAGCUGACCAUGCAGCCUCAGGUAGCAGCUGGUAGCAGUUUCUUUGUCCACGCCUCGCGACUGCAGUCAAGUAGUCCCGAUGACACGUCUCAGCUGACCAUGCCGCCUCAGAUAGCAGCUGGUAGCAGUUUCUUCGUCCACGCCUCGCGACUGCUGUCAAGUAGUCCCAAUGACACGUCUCAGCUGACCAUGCCACCUCAGGUAGCAGCUGGUAGCAGUUUCUUCGUCCACGCCUCGCGACUGCAGUCAAGUAGUCCCGAUGACACGUCUCAGCUGACCAUGCCGCCUCAGGUAGCAGCUGGUAGCAGUUUCUUCGUCCACGCCUCGCGACUGCAGUCAAGUAGUCCCGAUGACACGUCUCAGCUGACCAUGCAGCCUCAGGUAGCAGCUGGUAGCAGUUUCUUCGUCCACGCCUUGCGAAUGCAGUCAAGUAGUCCCGAUGACACGUCUUUGCUGACCAUGCCGCCUCAGGUAGCAGCUGGUAGCAGUUUCUUCGUCCACGCCUCGCGACUGCAGUCAAGUAGUCCCGAUGACACGUCUCAGCUGACCAUGCCGCCUCAGGUAGCAGCUGGUAGCAGUUUCUUCGUCCACGCCUCGCGACUGCAGUCAAGUAGUCCCGAUGACACGUCUCAGCUGACCAUGCCGCCUCAGGUAGCAGCUGGUAGCAGUUUCUUCGUCCACGCCUCGCGACUGCAGUCAAGUAGUCCCGAUGACACGUCUCAGCCGACCAUGCCGCCUCAGGUAGCAGCUGGUAGAAGUUUCUUCGUCCACGCCUCGCGACUGCAGUCAAGUAGUCCCGAUGACACGUCUCAGCUGACCAUGCCGCCUCAGGUAGCAGCUGGUAGCAGUUGCUUCGUCCACGCCUCGCGACUGCAGUCAAGACGUCCCGAUGACACUUCUCAGCUGACCAUGCCACCUCAGGUAGCAGCUGGUAGCAGUUUCUUCGUCCACGCCUCGCGACUGCAGUCAAGUAGUCCCGAUGACACGUCUCAGCUGACCAUGCCGCCUCAGGUAGCAGCUGGUAGCAGUUGCUUCGUCCACGCCUCGCGACUGCAGUCAAGUAGUCCCGAUGACACGUCUCAGCUGACCAUGCCGCCUCAGGUAGCAGCUGGUAGCAGUUUCUUCGUCCACGCCUCGCGACUGCAGUCAAGUAGUCCCGAUGACACGUCUCAGCUGACCAUGCAGCCUCAGGUAGCAGCUGGUAGCAGUUUCUUCGUCCACGCCUUGCGAAUGCAGUCAAGUAGUCUCGAUGACACGUCUUUGCUGACCAUGCCGCCUCAGGUAGCAGCUGGUAGCAGUUUCUUCGUCCACGCCUCGCGACUGCAGUCAAGUAGUCCCGAUGACACGUCUCAGCUGACCAUGCCGCCUCAGUUAGCAGCUGGUAGCAGUUUCUUCGUCCACGCCUCGCGACUGCAGUCAAGUAGUCCCGAUGACACGUCUCAGCUGACCAUGCCGCCUCAGGUAGCAGCUGGUAGCAGUUUCUUCGUCCACGCCUCGCGACUGCAGUCAAGUAGUCCCGAUGACACGUCUCAGCCGACCAUGCCGCCUCAGGUAGCAGCUGGUAGAAGUUUCUUCGUCCACGCCUCGCGACUGCAGUCAAGUAGUCCCGAUGACACGUCUCAGCUGACCAUGCCGCCUCAGGUAGCAGCUGGUAGCAGUUGCUUCGUCCACGCCUCGUGA